AUGACUCUGUUCUUGUUGCUGGUGGCUGUUGUUGGCGUCAAGGCCAAUCCUAUGAUGAAUUACGCGCACGAUGCUUCAACUCCCGAACCAAAGAAGGAUCCUUCGAUCGACCACUACGACCAGCGCCAAAAUGGCACCGAGAAUUACAGGGUGAAGGUCGACGGAUUGGUGUUUAUCUUGGCACCGGCGGACACGCUUAUGAUGGGAGGGGCGACGAUAGAGCCAAACUUGACUUCCUUGUUUUCCGAUCUCAACAAGCCCAAACCAAAACCAGAGAAGGAAAAUCUGUUCCUCAAGCCUUUGAAAGCUGACAAGGAUGACGUACCGAAAUCUGCCCACGUUGACACCUCUGCUGCUGCUGUACAUCACAAUAAUCGCAAACCAGGGCUUCGCAUAUCAAGCUUUAUCGCGCCGUUCAUCAACCGGAUUCGCCAUGCUCAGUAG